AGUGACAUUCUCGGCAACGCAUGUUGUUUGCGUAAAACUCUAAAACCCUAUUUAUUUAAUUAAAAAAGUUCUUUCUUACGUAUCAUAAUGGGCAAAAAGAAUAAAGAUUCUCUUGGACGCGCUCUUAUCAAAGAUAGAUUUUCUAAAAAUCGUCACCGUAAACAUGUUGAAGAUAAUACUAUGUUACAUACAACAGAAGUGAAUGAUGGUUAUGACUGGGGAAGGCUCAAUCUUCAGUCGGUCACUGCUGAGUCUUCCUUGCAAGAAUUUCUCUCUACUGCAGAAUUAGCACAAAGGGAAUUUACAGCUGAGAAGAUGAAUAUGAAAUAUGUAAAAUCAGUUCCCGAUGCUGUGGAAAUUGUCACAUCACAGCCUAAUUUUGAUGAACCCUUAACUGUACCUAGAAGACCCCCUUGGAAACCAGGCAUAACAGCAGAAGAACAACAAGAGAAAGAGCGUGAAUCAUUUCUGGAUUGGCGUCGACAUCUGAAUGAGCUUCAAGCAAAGCUUGGAGCUGCUCUCACACCUUAUGAGAGAAAUCUAGAAUUUUGGAAACAAUUGUGGAGAACUUUAGAAAGAGCCGACAUAGUUCUUAUAUUACUGGAUGCUAGAAAUCCACUUUUAUUUAGGUGUAAAGAUUUAGAAAAGUAUGCAACAGAACAAAAAUGCAAGUGUAUAUUGCUCCUAAACAAAGCAGAUUUGACCAAUGAAUAUGAAAGGAAAUGUUGGGCAAAAUACUUCACAGAUGAGAAUAUUCCUAUUGUUUUUUUCUCUGCAGCUAAACAAUCAAAUGAACGAAAAAUAUCUGAAGCCAGUACUGAUUCUAAGAGACAGAAUGAUAUUGAUGUUAAUUCAGAGACAGAGACAGCAGAAUCUUUAGAUGAUAUAACAGCAAGUGAUUUAGAAGAAGAAGCUCUAAGAAGCACAGAUGAAGAUAUUGAAUUGUUUAAAAGACAGUUGGGUGAUCUUGAUAAAGCAGUUGAAAGUACUGCGGUCAAAUUAGAUAAGAUUCAGGUGUUAUUGGAUAAGGUUGUAGAAAAUUUAAGGUUGGGGAAGCCUGUGGAUCCUUCCAUUAUUUCUGAAGAAAAUGCAGAGAAUACAACAGAUGUUCUCAGCGAAACCCUAGUGAAUUCUCAUGAAAUAUUUGACAGAAACAUGUUGUUGGAAAUGCUAAAGAAACAAAGGAUUGAUAAUUUAAAAAAUCCACCACGAUUAUCAGUAGGAAUGAUUGGUUAUCCGAAUGUGGGAAAAUCUAGUACUGUCAAUGUUCUAAUGCAAACAAAAAAGGUUAGCGUGAGUGCAAUGCCGGGACACACGCGUCACAUUCAGUCACUCGUUUUGGACGAUGAAGUGGAAUUAUUGGACUGUCCCGGGCUAGUGUUGCCAGCAUAUGCCGUUGCACCGGAUCUCAUGCUUACAGCCGUCUUGUCCAUUGAUCAAAUGCGUUCACAUGAUUCCGCGAUGGCACGUCUCUGUCAACUGGUUAGUCGGCAUACGUUCGAACAGAAAUACGGUCUGUUACUACCACAAAAUGAAGACGUCAACAUAGACUACAAGCAGAUACUGACCGCACAUGCAUACAACAGAGGGUUCAUGACUGCCGCUGGUCAACCUGAUCAGUCCAGAUCUGCCCGCCUGCUGCUGAAGGACGCGGCGAGUGGGCGGCUGCGGUGGGCGGAGCUACCGCCCGGCUGCGAGCCUGAACCGCUCGACAGCAUCAUCGAGGAGAAGAGGAACGAGAAGAGGAAGCCUACGCCGCGCGAGGCGAGGAUGGUUGAAGGUUGGCUGAACAAAUCUGCUGAAAUAGAUAGUGCGUUCUUUGCUAUGAAGAAAACUACAGCACACGUUAAAGGGAAACCUAUAAUGGGAAUAGUCGGCGCUCAACCCGCUGGUGCUCAGGUUCUCAAACCUUGGAAACAGGAGAAAAAACACGCAAACAAAAACAAAAGGGAGAAACUUAGACGCGUCUACGCUCAUCUGGAUGAACACUGAUAAUAUGAGUGCACAGUCUGUUCCUAAAAUACGCGAAAUAACGGAUUAUGAUUAUGGGAUCGUUGUAAGUAAUCGAUAUGUAUCGCUAUCCAUAGAACUCUUCGUGCGUUUUAAGGCCUCCCUCACAUAAUUGCAAAUUUGCGUCGCAUCUUAUAUUUCUGCGAACUCCUUUGACUAAAAUAAAGAAAAAGAAGAUACGGCAAUAAUGCUUUAUUAAUGGCCAAAAAAACAAAAUUUUACGAUAUCCCAUUCGGAAAUAUGUUAAAAUACAUCUUUAAUUCAAAGUCAACUGUUUUAUAGGUGUCUAGUUCGCAAGAAAGGAUAGGACCUUGGUAUCUACCACGUGUACAUCUGCGAUAGAGAGAAUGGAUCUUAGUUGUGCGUGUUGCUUGCGAUCACGAGUUCCUGUCUCGCUCAUGCCGUUGUUGAAUUUCAUUGCUGUCUCGCUUGCCCGUCGUCUCAUUCACGCUAUAGUUAUAUAUAUAACUAUAGAUUUCAUAGCUGUAUCUUGUUUGUUCGAAGAAUACCAUGUAAAUGUGUGAGUGAAUUUACUCAUGUAGUUUUAUCACUGCCAUUUUUUGGUCAAUACAAUUAUGAUAAUGCCGUAUCUUCUUCCUUUUUUGUUUUAAUCAAAGAGACUUUCGAGCGAGUCUACUGCAAUAUUACAUCACAUUUGCUGACACUAUUUUUACUCGCUCUGAGACAGCGUAAAUGAAGACGCUUGCUCCUAAAUAGUUAAUAAUUCUAAAAUAAUCAAAUAAUGUACCUGCAUUCUAACCACAAUAUUUUCGAGUAAAAUAUCUUUCAUUAGCGUCGUAAUCGGAUUAAAAGGAUUAACCCAAAAUCCUCUAUUUUUUCCAUAUCUAUUUAACAGUGACAACAAUAAAACAACCUUUUUGUGAUCAUUAGUCCUAAACACGGUAGUAGACACUACCGUUGAAAAUAUGGUCACAUGUACCAAUUUUUUGCUGUACGAAAUGGUAUCACAGUAAUUCACAUCAUCGAAGGUUUUGUGUGGGAACCCUAAGUACGUGGUGGAUCAGCGAGCGACCUAUAGCGUCCCGUACAACAAAACCCAGUACUUCGCAGAAAACGAUGUAGAGUUAUAUGGGUAGCGAUACGUAUAGUUUACUUUAGAGAAUACUUAAUACUUCGAGUCAUUGUCCGUUUUUACGCUUACCGUCUGAAUAGACUAAUUAUGUAGUGUUUAAAAUACUGUGUAAUGGUACAGUCAAGGACAAAGAUUUGCGGAAGUCCAUAAAGUUCGUGUAUAAUCUGUUAUAAACAGUUUUGAAUAAAUAAUUGACAG